AUGGAGGAUGAGCGCGGAACCGGACACGACGCACCACCGUCGGCGUCCUCAGCUUCAACUCCCGUCCCGCAUGCAGAACACGGCUCUAACAGCGACUCUUCGCCUGCGACAGUUCCGGAAACUGUUAUGGCAGAGCAGGUCACCAACCAUGUGGUAAAGGAAGCACAGUCGGUGGGACCCUCCGCGCCCAUCGACGACACUGCGUCGACUACCAACUCCCUCGCCGUCAACGGCGAGCAGCCCUCGGGCACAGCGACUACGGUCAGCACAUCUCUCGAAGCUCCCUCUACUCCUGCGAAUGCGACAACGACGGACUCCGCCUCGGCUGCAGGUGCACAAGCUUCGGCGAGCAGCGAUGGACCGGCAACAACAGUAAGUGCGGAGGACCGAUCUGGCGCAGAGUCGUUGCAAGUCAACGGCGAAGCAGUCAGCGGCUCAGAUACAGACAUCAGCCGCCCGGGCUCCGUGGAUCCUUCUAAGCAAGACGCCGGACAUGUUCGCACAAGCUCGAUGAAGAAGCCAGCAGCUUUCAAGUCGGUCUCUGUGACGAAGAGUUUUCUCGCCAAAUCGGCCGCCUCGACCCCGUCUGCCGCUCCAGGCCUGAAAGCGGCCCCCGCCGUGCAGCCGCCCACGUCGUCCGUGCUGACUGCAAAACCGCGACUCGUAGCCAAAUCUGGUGCCGCGAAUGCGCCUCGGACCUUGGGAAAGAUGAACGGUGCUGGAUCAGGGCCGGAUGCAAGCAAAGUAUGGAACAAGAACCAGCCAGUACCCCCGCCACCACCGAAGCAGUACACGGACGAGGAGCUUAAGCAGCACUAUGGUAUUCAUCUUGCGACACGUCUGCCUAUGGACGAAGCCGGGAAAGAGGCAAAGUGGGCUGACAUCGACGACGACGAUGGCGACUGGGCACCAGAUACUCUGGAAUGGGCAGACGGAACGAAAUCGUCGGUACCAGUGGUGGAGAACCAACCACCACCGGUUGAGGAACCGCCGAGACCAACCAUUCUUGCGAAGCCUGAACCUACGAUCGAAGCACCAAAGCCUGCAGCGCCUGCAGCCACGAGCGCGCCGCCAAAGGCAAGCGUAACAGGCGGGCCGAAGACGAUCCUGAAGCCCGGAGGACACGUCCAGGCUGGCGCUGGUAAGUCGAGCUUGGUGCUGAAAGGCCAACCUGAGAAACCCACGCUUGUGGCCAAGCCAUCCAACGGCACACCUGCCAAGUCGCCUUGGGCCACUUUGCCUCCCGUUGAAAAGGUGUCUCCGCUGCAGAUCAACCCGCCGGUACAGCAGCAGCCCACCGAUCGUCGUUUCCCUACACAGGACUACCGCGCUUAUGAGUCUAUGCCCCCACACCACGGCAGGGAAAUUGCGCCAGACGACUUCAACCGUACUUGGCGCGAAGAGCGAGGCGGACGUGAGCUUUUCAACUCGCAGAACGGUCGUUACGAGCCUGUUCAAGAUACACGGCGCGGCUCCUUCCGAGACUCUGGCUAUAGGCAGCAGCAGCAACAUCCAUCGUUGUUGCAGAGACCGUCACAUGAUGGCCCCGCGGAGCCGUCUUCUGCUUUCCAGACUUCUCGAUCCAGUGCGGAUAUGCCCUCUUGGGGUAGGCGACGAACCUCUUCGAAUGUCAGUGGAGGACCCGGACGGAGGAUGUCGUUCGAUCGACGCGGACCAGAGUUCCCCAGCGCCAUUGUGGACGAAGAGCAAAAAGCUUCGCCUUCGACCAAUGGAGCACACAUUGCGCCACCCCACGAAGUUUCGGCGCAUCCGGCAGCACUUCAGAACUCGGCACCUUCGAACGUAGACGCAGCGCCCCCUACCGCAGCUCCAGCUCCUCCGAUGGAAGAUCCAGUAGAGGUACAGAAACGUAUGAUGGCUGAGAAGAUCGAGCGAGCUCGUCUAAAGAAGCAGCAGGAAUUGGAGACCGAGAAGAAAGAGGAAGAGGAGAAGAAGGCUCGCAUUGCAAAACGUCUUGCAGCACUUGGUGACGCGCCAAAGGCAAAGUCCAGCGAGAAGGUACCAUCACCUGCGGUUGGACGCUCGCCGCAGAAGUCAGAUGCGGAUCUUGCACCUGUGCAAUCACCACCGAAGCCUCCUGUCCCAGUAAACGAUGGCGAGGUUGCUCAGUACGGCAUGAUGAAAGUCCACCAGCCCCACCCUGUGAAGAAGCCUUCACCGGUGUCACACCCAGUGCGACCUGUCGAACGCCAUGCAAACGCACCUGCGGAAAACCAAGUGAGGCUACCGCUCUCAUUGGACCAGCCUACUGUGUCGCCGUUUGAUUCGAACCGUGACCAUGUAAAGAAGGCACAUGAGCACUCGCGACCACUAGCUGAAGCCUCGAUCCCGCAAGGUUCAAAGCCGACGCAACCUGCCUGGCAAUCGGGAUCCGCCUCUCAAAUUAGAGGGGGCUGGACAUCGCAAGUUUGGGGCUCUGCGCAGACAAGAGACCGCAAUCUUGGAAACGGUACUUUCGACUCAGGUUUCAAUCGUGGACAGCCUCGGUCUGGUCCCCAGCAGUCUUUGCCAACGCAGGCGUCUUCUGCCGCCAUUGCACCCAUCGGCGUUGAUCCUGCUGCGUCAGCUACUUCGCAUACGGUCAGGAUGCCGCUCUCAGCGCAGCCAAUGCAACCUCAAUCAAGGCAAUUGUCAGGUCAAGGAGCUCCAGGCCCAAUCGCGCCCCCCACAGGCAACAAGUGGGCUAACUUUGAGAAACACAUUGGAGAUGAUGACCAGAGUGUGAUUGUGAGAGCACGUCAAGAGCGCGAUCGCAUGAGCGGCGAGACCUUCCGCCCUGAGCUUCGAGAGACAUACAAAGAUCAGCGGGGCCAGGCGCAGACGAUGAUCCACAGCAAGGUUAGAAAUCCUAGCUUGGACAGCGCUGCUAACGCUAGAGUACCACCUGCUGGCUCUGAUUUGAAGCUGCGAGACGAUGUAAUGAAGCCCUCUCUCGACAGCUCCCCGCAACAGGUCCCCAUCCAAGGCACACCUUUGCAGCAAUCAGCCGGCUCGCGCUCCUCACGCUUCUUCCCUCGUCCGAUUGAGACGACUCUCCCGGCACCGCCCGCGUCGAGCAAGGCAGACUCUCCUCCACCUCCGCCAGAGACAGAGAGCCACCCCGUCUUUACUGGCAGUGCUGUUCGCCAUCCACUAGUCAGACUCCCUAGGCCCUCGCCUGUGGUUCGUCUGCCGAAGCCAGCUCAAGAGGCGACAGACCCUCACGUCAGCAUGCCUCCACGUGGGUUUCAAGGACCCGGCGCCCGCCCUCUGGCUAUGAACCCUGAGUGGCAGGCACGAUUCAACAAGCUUCUCGACAAGCCUGCUACCGCUGAAGCUGCGCCAAACGCUCGACCAAUUCCUGCCAUCCCAGUCGUAUUACCCGUCAAGGCAAGCUCGCUUGCUGUCGCAGCCUCUAGUAAAGCAUCUCUUGACGUCCGUGGCCCUGCAGGGUCUGCGACUGUCUCACUACCCACUGCUACGGUUGGCAAGAACCCAAGCUCUGAUCGCAGUCGCGGUACCUUCACACGUGAUGGUACUGCCGCACUGUUUGAGGAUAGGGAGUUCGGAUCUCUGCCUACCGUGCGACUGCCCAAGGUACCCCACCUCACCGCAAACGAGCCUCCUAUCAAUCUCCCCAAGACUGAUGACGUUUACGCUCGCCUUAUUCGAAAGGAACACCCGUUCACGACUAAGAGGCUGGAUGCGUUCGAUUUCGGAUCAGGCCCUGAGAUUGAGGUCAUCGUUCGCCUGGCCCACAUGAGGUCUCCCAUCACCAAGACGAUGCCAAAGCCACGUCGGUUCAAGGGUAACGGAACCUCCAACAAGCCAAAGCGCAACAUCACAACUACUGGCCCUCAGAACGGUGGCGCAAAGGAUCGCCCUCGCAAGUCAUCUCGGCAAGGACAAGGUGAGCGCACCAACAGCUCGCCUAGAGUCAACUUGCCCAGCGUCUGGCCCGCUCAACCUCGCCCUGCUGUCCCUCCCAAACGCGAUUCCUGGGCUCAGCGUGCUGCAGCGGCUCCGGUCCACUAG